AUGUCCCGUGAAAACCUCGCGCCAAACGAGACACUCGUUUCGAUCCCAGUGCCUGGCUCGCCAUCUAACUCCGCUGGAAUCGUCGGCAUUUUAACUACCCCGCCAUACUUCAACCCGGCCGAUCCCUCCGAUGUCGCUGCCUCCUUACUGAACAACUGCCACCCACCGACCUUAAAGGCGUCAUUAAUCCUCCAUGGACACGGCGGCCACAAAAACUACUGUUAUCACCGUGAAAUAGCACAACAGCUUGCAACAGACCUCGGAAUCUUCUCAUUGCGUAUUGAUUUCCGCGGCUGUGGAGACUCCCAGGACUCAGCGGACCCGAAGCUCGGUCGCAUUAUCCCCCAGGACCUCCAGGACGUUGAUCUUUGUCUCCAAGCCCUCGCGUCGGGCGUCUUUGGCAUUGCGUUACACGUCACCCUGAUCAUAGGGCACUCGAGAGGCGCCGUAGCCAUGUUCCAGUACGCUUUGCAACAGCAGAGAAGGCUCGACAGGGGCGAGGCCUUCUCGUUGAUUCCUAACUUGAUCAAUGUUUCCUCUCGUUAUACAAGCGAGUUUCUCAAGAAGAUGAUGGACACUGCAUUUCCCUCCUGGGAGGAAAAAGGAGGCUCGUUUGUGCCAAACACCUACCGGUUGGGAGAAUACCGGAGCGUGUGGAUCCCGGCGGCCGAAACCAAUAGCUUGUUGUCUCAGGAGAUGGAAGACUUGAAAUAUUUGCUGCCUGACAUUAAUGUUCUCACUAUCUUUGGGUUGCGGGAUCACAUUGUGCCGAUCACUGAUGCUGCCAAGUUUUGCAACACCUUGGACGGUCGCCACACGUUGGUGCUUAUCGAGGGUGCCAACCACAACUUCUAUGGGGUUAAAGACAUUGAUGAAGACAAUGCCGAGGAUUAUAACCCAGACAACUUGCCGUUAACGAACCAGGGCAAGGUUAACUACAGCUCGGUCGUCUCCCAACAUAUUACCGACUACCUCUCGUCGUCCCAGGAGGUUGCGCGUUUCUACGACCGUUCGUACCACUUUGCGACCUGGUCGAGAUGGAAGAAGGUGGAUGGGAUCCAUAACUUUAGAGACAUUGGUGGGUUCAGAGUGACCCAGGGCCCACGCAACUCAUUUGUCAAGCGCAACAUUGCGUUCAGAUGUGCCAACCCGGCAAAUAUCACCUCCCUCGGAAAGCAGGCGAUCCAGGAGUUGGGUAUCACUGCGGUAUUUGACUUCCGCUCGCAACACGAACGUAACCGUGACGGGGUGCCGGACGUUGACGGGGUCAGGAACGUUUACGCUCCGGUAUUCCCAGACGAGGACUUCUCUCCCGCUGCCAUUGCUGGCCGCUACUCCAACUUGUUGACGUGCUGGUCGACGUAUGUCCACGUGUACCGUGACAUGCUUACAAAGGGUGGCGCAGCCUUCACCUCGGUGUUUGAGUUCUUAAGAGACCAUCCAAAAGAAGGAAUCUUGUUCCACUGCACCGCGGGCAAGGACCGUACCGGGGUCAUGGCGAUGCUUAUCUUGCUUCUUGUGGGUGUCGAUGUGGAUACUGUAUGUCGCGAGUACGAAUUGACCACCGUUGGGUUGCUCCCAGACCGCGAGGUGAUUAGGAAAAAGUUCAAGGACAAUGUGGGCGCCUUGCAGGAACGUUUGAACCGUUACAGCGGCGACGGCUCGGCCUCGGUGGUUGAUAAGAUUGCCUGUGGCCGUUCCGGCUUCAAACUUGAGAGAGAUGGGUUUACAAACUUGUUCAGUUCGAGGUACGAGGCCAUGCUUCUGACGGUGAGAGUGUUGAACGAGGAGUUUGGGGGGAUUGAACAGUACAUGACCAAGAACCUUGGGUUUUCCAAGGAUGAUGUUGAGGUGAUUAGACGUAACUUGGUGGUGACUGGUACCAGCGACUGGAAGAACACUCACAGAGUCGCGAAUGUCCACCAAAGGGGCGAAGACUUGAUGAGGCACAGAGAGCGCAGCGCUAGCGCCGAAAAAUUAUAA